CGUCGCGACCGCUAUGAGCGAUGUGUUCCAGUGACGUCAGACCCUUCAAGUUCUCCACUCGGUGGCCGGCAUAUAAAACCAGAGGCUGCUUCGUCUUUGCUCCAUCCACUCGACAUGUCCUACGAUAACACUCAACGACGUCCGAACACAUCCCCGCCUCCUGAAGGUCACCAGGCGACCACCGGCUCGAUGAACUUGAACAAUGACGGCUUGAACCGUCCGACGACGGACUUCAUCCCUGAGCCUCCUUCGGAGACCGUCCAGCCGACUCAGGUGACUACUCCUACUCAGCAAGCUGCGACGCAACCCAGCUCGGGAGGAGUCGCGCAGAAGGUGGUAAUUCAGCACAAUGAGCCUUCGUUCAAUCAGAAAGUGGUUGGCUACGCGAAGGAAAUUCGAGGCACAAUCUUGCGCAAACCCGAGACGAAGGAUAGCGGAGGCAAAAUUCGCAAAGGCGAGGAGCCCUGGCCACCACAACCCGCCGGCCAGAACGACGCCGGGUCAGACACCACGUCGCCAGCCUAGACUGCAGACCAGCAGUAGACCCUUGUCCGCAUGUGUGCCAUGCAAAUACAUGCCUAGAUUGCCUUCACAUCAUCGCACUUCGACGACUUGUAUCACGCUACAGUAGCAUCCGGCUGUCUGGAUCAUGUACCAUCACGUUACUGUAUGGAAGAAUUAUGGUAGAUCAUUGGCUUCUUGUUGCGACCUCUCCGGGUCGUAUUGCAUUGUCCAGAGCAAACAGGACGUGGAACCUGGAAGGAUUCAUGCACUUUAUAGGAAGGCACGCUAGCACUGGCAUCCAGGGUCCUCGGUGUCUUGGAGGCUGAACUUACCGCCUCUUUCAACUAUCUUUCUGCCCUGCCCUCUAUUUAUCCACACUUAUAUGUCGUGUGUCAUGCAUGUCAUGUUAUUGA